CCUCCCCCCCUGACCCCCGACCCCCGCCGGCCGGCCCCCCGCCCCAGCCCCGGAGGGAGCUCAUGGGAGUAUGAAGGAGAUGGUAGGAGGCUGCUGCGUAUGUUCGGACGAGAGGGGCUGGGCCGAGAACCCGCUGGUCUACUGUGAUGGGCACGCGUGCAGCGUGGCUGUCCACCAAGCUUGCUAUGGCAUCGUCCAGGUGCCAACGGGACCCUGGUUCUGCCGGAAAUGUGAAUCUCAGGAGCGAGCAGCCAGGGUGAGGUGUGAGCUGUGCCCACACAAAGACGGGGCAUUGAAGAGGACUGAUAAUGGAGGCUGGGCCCACGUGGUAUGUGCCCUCUACAUCCCGGAGGUGCAGUUUGCCAACGUGCUCACCAUGGAGCCCAUCGUGCUGCAGUACGUGCCUCACGAUCGCUUCAACAAGACCUGCUACAUCUGCGAGGAGCAGGGCCGGGAGAGCAAGGCAGCCUCAGGAGCCUGUAUGACCUGUAACCGCCAUGGAUGUCGGCAAGCUUUCCACGUCACCUGUGCCCAAAUGGCAGGCCUGCUGUGCGAGGAGGAAGUGCUGGAGGUAGACAACGUCAAGUACUGCGGCUACUGCAAAUACCACUUCAGCAAAAUGAAGACAUCCCGGCAUGCCAGCGGGGGUGGCGGAGGAACAGGAGGCAGUGGUACAGGGGCAGGUGGCAGCGGCUUUAUUGCUGGCCGGAGAAGCCGGUCAGCCUCUCCGUCCACCCAGCAGGAGAAGCACCCUUCCCACCAUGAAAGGGGCCAGAAGAAGAGUCGAAAGGACAAAGAACGCCUUAAACAGAAGCACAAGAAGCGGCCUGAGUCACCCCCCAGCAUCCUCACCCCGCCUGUGGUCCCCACUGCUGACAAGGUCCCCUCCUCAGCCUCCUCCUCCUCCCACCACGAGGCCAGCACUCAGGAGACCUCUGAGAGCAGCAGGGACUCGAAGGGGAAAAAGUCUUCCAGCCAUAGCCUGAGUCACAAGGGGAAGAAACUGAGCAGUGGGAAAGGUGUGAGCAGUUUCACCUCCGCCUCUUCCUCCUCCUCCUCUUCCUCCUCCUCUUCCUCCUCCUCUGGGGGGCCCUUCCAGCCUGCAGUCUCGUCCCUGCAGAGCUCUCCUGACUUUUCGGCAUUCCCCAAGUUGGAGCAGCCAGAGGAGGACAAGUACUCCAAGCCCGCAGCCCCCACCCCUUCAGCUCCCCCCUCUCCCUCAGCCCCCGAGCCCCCCAAGGCUGAUCUCUUUGAGCAGAAGGUGGUCUUCUCUGGCUUUGGGCCCAUCAUGCGCUUCUCCACCACCACCUCCAGCUCGGGCCGGGCCCGGGCCCCGUCCCCUGGAGACUAUAAGUCUCCCCACGUGUCGGGGUCCGGGGCCUCAGCAGGCACCCACAAGCGGAUGCCCACACUGAGUGCUGCCCCUGCGCCUGCUGAGGAGACCCCCGAGACGGGCCUGAAGGAGAAGAAGCACAAAGCUAGCAAGAGGAGCCGACAUGGACCAGGACGUCCCAAGGGCAGCCGGAACAAGGAGGGGGCUGGGGGUCCAGCUGCUCCCUCGCUGCCCAGUGCCCAGCUGGCUGGCUUUACUGCCACUGCUGCUUCACCCUUCUCCGGAGGUUCCCUGGUCAGCUCUGGCCUGGGUGGUCUGGCUUCCCGCACCUUUGGGCCUUCAGGGAGCCUUCCCAGCCUGAGCCUGGAGUCUCCCCUGCUAGGGGCAGGCAUCUACACCAGUAAUAAGGACCCCAUCUCCCACAGCGGCAGUGGCGGAAUGCUGCGAGCUGUCUGCAGCACCCCCCUCUCCUCCAGCCUGCUGGGGCCCCCAGGGACCUCGGCCCUGCCCCGCCUCAGCCGCUCCCCAUUCACCAGCACCCUCCCCUCCUCCUCUGCUUCUAUCUCCACCACUCAGGUGUUUUCUCUGGCUGGCUCUACCUUUAGCCUUCCUUCUACCCACAUCUUUGGAACCCCCAUGGGUGCCGUUAACCCCCUCCUCACCCAGGCCGAGAGCAGCCACACAGAGCCAGACCUGGAGGACUGCAGCUUCCGGUGUCGGGGGACCUCCCCCCAGGAGAGUCUGUCUUCCAUGUCCCCCAUCAGCAGCCUCCCCGCACUCUUUGACCAGACAGCGUCUGCAUCCUGCGGGGGCAGCCAAUUAGACCCAGCAGCCCCCGGAACAACUAACAUGGAGCAGCUGUUGGAGAAGCAGGGCGACGGCGAGGCCGGUGUCAACAUCGUGGAGAUGCUGAAGGCACUGCACGCGCUGCAGAAGGAAAACCAGCGGCUUCAGGAACAGAUUCUGAGCCUGACGGCCAAGAAGGAGCGGCUGCAGAUUCUCAACGUGCAGCUCUCUGUGCCCUUCCCCGCCCUGCCUGCCGCCCUGCCUGCCGCCAACGGCCCAGUCCCUGGGCCCUAUGGCCUGCCUCCCCAAGCCGGCAGCAGCGAUUCCUUAAGCACCAGCAAGAGCCCCCCGGGGAAGAACAGCCUUGGCCUGGACAACUCUCUGUCCACGUCUUCCGAGGACCCACACUCAGGCUGCCCCAGCCGCAGCAGCUCGUCGCUGUCCUUCCACAGCACGCCCCCACCGCUGCCCCUGCUCCAGCAGAGCCCUGCUACUCUGCCCCUGGCCCUGCCCGGGGCCCCUGCCCCGCUCCCGCCCCAGCCGCAGAACGGGCUGGGUCGGGCACCGGGGGCAGCGGGACUGGGGGCCAUGCCCAUGGCUGAGGGGCUGUUGGGGGGGCUGGCGGGCAGCGGGGCCCUGCCCCUCAAUGGGCUCCUGGGGGGGUUGAAUGGGGCUGCCGCCCCCAACCCUGCGGGCUUGAGCCAGGCUGGCGGGGCCCCCACGCUGCAGCUGCCAGGUUGUCUUAACAGCCUAACCGAGCAGCAGAGACAUCUCCUGCAGCAGCAAGAGCAGCAGCUUCAGCAGCUCCAACAGCUCCUGGCCUCCCCACAGCUGACCCCGGAACACCAGACUGUUGUCUACCAGAUGAUCCAGCAGAUCCAGCAGAAGCGGGAGCUGCAGCGGCUGCAGAUGGCCGGGGGCUCCCAGCUGCCCGUGGCCAGCCUGCUGGCAGGAAGCUCCACCCCGUUGCUGUCCGCGGGCGCCCCUGGCCUGCUGCCCGCGGCGUCUGCCCCACCUCUGCUGCCCGCCGGAGCCCUGGUGGCUCCCUCGCUUGGCAACAACACGAGUCUCAUGGCUGCAGCAGCUGCGGCCGCAGCAGUAGCAGCAGCGGGCGGACCUCCAGUCCUCACUGCCCAGACCAACCCCUUCCUCGGCCUGUCGGGGGCGGACGGCAGUGGUCCCAAAGGAGGGUCAUGCCUGCAUACCUUGCAGACGCUGAAUCAGAGGCGGGGCAUCUCCUCCUGGCUGGCCCGAUGGUUCCCUAAAACGCCAGCCAAGUCCGUGGUGGCCUUGAAGACACCCAUUAAGGUGGAGCUGGUGGCUGGGAAAACCUACAGGUGGUGUGUGUGUGGCCGCAGCAAGCAGCAGCCCUUCUGUGAUGGCUCCCACUUCUUCCAACGCACUGGCCUAUCCCCACUCAAGUUCAAGGCCCAGGAGACCCGUGUAGUGGCCCUCUGUACCUGCAAGGCCACCCAGAAACCCCCGUACUGCGAUGGCACUCACAGGAGUGAGCGGGUGCAGAAGGCAGACGUGGGCUCCCCGCUCUGAGGGGGUGGCUCCCAGGCCUCUGACAGGUACCCCAUUUGUGGGGAAGGAAACUGCUGAACCCCAGAAGGGACCGCCCAGGGACCCCAGUCCCCACUGCUGGCUUGUGAAGGGCUUGCUCCCAAUACCUGAGGUCUCUCGGGCAGCCGGGGAACAUGCCCCUGGUUUAACGCCUGCUGGUGAAGAGGACAUUAAACAGAAUACCCACCCAGAA